AUGGCUCCAUUAGUGGUCUCGUCGACAGCCGCGACAAUCAAAGAACUCCAGCGAAAGCUUUCUAUCGCGACAGAUGAAACUACCUACCUGACUAAACAAGUCAACGAUGAGCGCAUAAUAAACGGUCGACUACUAGAACGCAACCAGAUGAUAGAAGAGCUACACGGGCAAAUUUCAUCCAUCUGGGACAAGGUCAAUGCAAUGAAGUCGUCCGAGAUCGCCUCAGCACAGAUUCAAAAGUGCUAUAAGAGCCACACUGCCUUUCUGGCCAAUUUUAACAUGUCUGUGAUCGCACAGAUUGAAGCACUGGUGACGAGGUCGAGUCAAGAAUCUUACGUCAAGCAGGAAGUGGAGAAGCAGCUCACCAAAGCUCGUUGGCACGCUACAAAGCUCAAUGAAGAAAAACAAAAGCUUCGACGCCAUCUUCAAAAGAGUCAGAAAGAGACAAAAACCCUCAGAAAUGAGGUAAAGAAACAAAGCGAUGCAAAGGAAUUUCUCGAACACGAACUAAAAAAGUCUAAACAAGACGCAAACAAUGCCCCUAGUAAAGGACACAUUGUUACGGAAGGACAGUUCCAGCAUAUCCAAGACGCUAUCACUCUCUGCCCUGAAAAAGCGAUGGGGGAGGUAGAGCGUCUCAAAAGACAAAUCGAGGAGAAGGAGAUCAGAAUCCAAGAGCAAGUCAUGCUCCAGAACAAAUUAGAAAGUUCUAUCACAAAUCAGGCGGAAGAGCACCCCCUUACAUUACAGAACUCAAGUGAACUUCAGGAACACCUCAAUUCUCUCGGGGAAGAGUUCCGACACGAUGCGGGCCUUUCCGAGGCCGUUGGUGAUCUCAAACAACAGGUUGCAAAGCAGAUGGAGCGGGUGAGCGAGCUAGAAGCUCGUAACGAGAUUUUAGAGGACGAAUGUGCUCAACUGAGGGACGACGUAUUACAACAUGCCAAAAGGUCAGAGCUGCUGAAGCAGGAAGCCUUUUACUACAAAGGCCGCAGCAUAACUGACGAACGUGAUAUUCUCGAUGCUCUUGGGAAAAACCGGUCACAACUCUCUUGUCACAUCUACGACACAAUACUUGACGUUACGAAAGAUAUCAAUGACGUCUACGACGCGAAUGGUGCAGUUCAUAUUUUGGAAGGAUUUUUUGUUGGCGUCGAAACCCGCAUUAACUUGUUUUUGCAACAAGCC